AGAAACGAGAGAGAGAGCACAGCACAGCGAAGACAGAAGAAGCUCUCCCUAAUAGGAGAGAAAGAUCGAUUCUAUAAGAGCAAGGGUGAAUUGAGAAAACUGAUCUGGGUUUCUUCCUUCCUUUUGAAGAUAUCUUCUCAUUUCCUAUGACAAGAAUCUCAUCUUCUUCAAGUUUUUGGGCUGCCUACUCUGUAAUGGACUUCUCUUCUUAGUAGUUUGAAGCGGUGGUUUUGUUGUCGAUUUCUCUGCGACAACCUUAGAUCUUGUGCUAUUUGCCUUUUCAGAUUGAGCGAUUUCCUCCAAUGGCAGGGAUGGAGAAGCUAACAAAGAAUCAAACAUCAGGUAGAGGUCCAGAAACCGAUUUUCUCCUACAGUGGGGGAACCGAAGGAGACUGCGCUGCGUGAAGAUAAAAGAAGACGACGCAUCAGAGAAAUCCGAUGGUGUGAUUAGGAAGAAAAUCACCUCUCGAGUUGAUCGGCGUGUCGUCAGAGGGGAGAAAGAAUCUCCUCUCCCUCCUCCGCAACCCAAUCCCAUUAACCGGAACUCCGAGCCGGUGACGCUACCAUCUACUGCAAGCGAGAAUAGAAAGUCAUCUUCGCCGGAGAAGGAGGACCGGUACUACACGACUAGAGGGUCUUUGGGUUUCGACGACAAUGGCAAGAUUUUCAUGGAUGCGGGAGAGGAUAGAGGGGUUGUUUGGCCCAAGUUGUUUAUUUCAUUGUCAAGCAAAGAAAAAGAGGAGGAUUUCAUGGCGAUGAAAGGCUGUAAGCUCCCUCAAAGGCCAAAGAAAAGGGCCAAGUUCAUCCAGAAGAGUUUACUUUUAGUGAGCCCCGGUGCAUGGCUCUCUGAUCUAUGCCAAGAGAGAUAUGAAGUGAGGGAAAAGAAGACAUCUAAGAAGAGACCAAGAGGAUUGAAGGCCAUGGGAAGCAUGGAAAGCGAUUCAGAAUGAGAGACAUUUCGUUUGGUUUUCGAUUUUUGGGGGUUUUUUCCCCCUUCUUUAUUUGGAUUUUCAGAGGAGAGUUGUAAGUUGUUAGAGGCUAUUAGCGAGGAAAAUUGAAGAAAUAGGGAGAAGAUAGAGAAAGAGAGCAGUCUCCGUUGCUUCUGUACAAAAUUGCUUUUGCUUUCCCCUUAGAAAUAAAAUGUUUCAAUUUCUUC